GCGACAGUAGCAGCAAUGUGGUUACCCUCGGAGCUACUCACACUCUGUCACUCCAUCACCGAUCCGGCAUCGCUUUCUCCGACGAUCAGCACUCAUCGAACCGACCACCAGCAUGACCACGACACCACGCUCCAGCCAGCGCCUCCACCAAUGUCGCGCAAACACCUUAAACCGCGUGUUGUCUUUCCGCUGCUACAGUUGCCCCUCGACAUCCUGACCUUGCACUUACCUGCCCACCUUUCAUACGAUUCACUCGUCUCGCUUCGUCUCAGUAGUCGAGAUCUGUUCACGGCAAUCCCAACGCCAGAGAAGAAACUUUCAAGAGAUUCGAACAGUUGUGAGAGACAGGCCAUCCUCACUGCUAUGGAGGAAGGGAAGGAGCGAUCUGCACGCAGAUGUUGCGUGUUAUGCCGGAGCUGGUAUCCUGUUGCUCUGUUCACAUGGGUACCGGACCAACGUACUGCUCAAGGCAGUCGUGUUCAGGCCGAAGUAGCUGUGAUGGAAAAUCGUGUGUGUAGAUGGCAUCAAAGAAGAUUCGAGCGUACUAUUUCGAGACUGGGAUCUGUAAAGGAUCACACGACAGACCAUGGUUGGACACUGGAAGAAGCAUGUAUGCAUUGUGGUGGCGUUCUGGCUUGGAAUACAUGUGAUUGUGAAGAGCCUUGUCAGACUUGUUGGAAGAGGGACGUUUGGUGUCAUACACGCAUUCUGGACACGAAAGCUGCUGGUGUAGAUACUUAG